AUGGGCACGGGGCCAGGUUUGGGACAGCUUUCGGAGCCUUAUCUCGGGACGUCCAGCCAGUUCAGAGCGAGGCAGGUGACACAGAUGAGGCCUGCCAAUCCGCCGUCCAAAGAGAUGUUUCAGAUGGAGGAGGGAGAGCGGAGGGAGAGCGGAGGGAGAGCGGAGCUCAUAGCUUGGGCAAACAUCACUUCUCAUAUUGACUCUCGGCUGGAGGCCCUGUCUGCUCUGAAAAUCUGUAAACCAGCAUGA